AUGAACCCGUCACGACUCGGUCGCUCUAUUUCCUUUUGGCUUCGCGAGUCACCAUGGAGGAGUAACGUUUGCAUCGGGACGACAAUUGGAUGUUCAGCCGAUAUCAUAACCCAGGUGUUGGUAAGGAACUCAUGUGCGCGGAGGGAUCGUGUUCUGUCGCAGGACGACUCUCCACUGCUAGUAAGAUGUCCCAAUUUUAUUCACAGAUUGCUGACUCGCCUCAGGUUUGAGAAGGAUAAUACUCCUGCUCCUUUGAUUGACCUUCGGCGCAGCUUCAUCUUUUGUAGUUUUACAGUCGUAUUUAACACUUUUUUUUUUCUAUCUUUGUAUCGGCGGCUUGAUGCACUUUUCCCACCAGCUGCCAUAACUCGGUGCCGGUCGCUCUUGAAGGGUUUUUUGAGUUGGAUAGCAGCCAACGCUACAACACCGCUGUAUCUCUCGUAUGUAGCAACGCUGAGUCAUUAUUUUAUUUACCGUACGGGUCGUCGCCAGCUUUGCGCAACUGAGGACGGCGACUUUGGGUGGACUGUGGAUGUUCCGAUUUUUCUAGGAGGGGUGGAAAAGCAGUUGGAUCGACAACUGAGAGAAGACUGGCCUGAUAUGAUUCAGUACAGUCUUAUCUUCUGGGGCGUAAACUGGAUUCCGUUGUUUUACUACAUUCCUUCUCAUUUUCGUUAUGUUUACAGUUCUUUCUUACAAGUAGCGUGGUGUGCCAUUAUGUCUCACUUGAUGCACCGUUAA